AUGUAUUUUGAUCACGACCAAAAUUUUUUUGAAUCCAAUUCUGAUAUCGAAGAUGAUGAUUUUAACGACUUGGUAGUGAUGAUUGCUUUUCCCAGACGUCAAAGAAUCUUUAGACCAAGGGUAGACCAUUUUACCYAUUGGAGAGAUGACGAGUUCUUUGACAGAUAUCGAUUGUCCAAAACUACAGUUCGUUUUAUUAUUGAUUUGAUAUGUGACCGCAUCUGCUCCCGUACCGAUUGGAAUCAUGCAGUAAGCACUGAACAUAAAGUCCUCCUGACAUUGAGAUAUUAUGCUACAGGGUCAAUGUUGAUURUUUGUGGGGACUUUAUUGGAGUUCAUAAGUCAACAGCCAGCCGCAUAGUUAAACUUGUUUCGCAUGAAAUUGCUUWACUACGUCCACAAUUUUUGCAUUUUCCUAACAAUGAAAGGGAAACAGAACAAGUCAAACAAGAUUUUUAUAAYAUCUCUAAAUUUCCCAUGGUUAUCGGUGCAUUAGAUUGUACACAUGUCAAAAUAAGGUCACCUGGUGGUGAUGAUGCAGAGAUGUAUCGAAACAGAAAGGGCUUMUUCUCAAUUAAUGUUCAAACUAUAUGUGAUGCCAACUUAAAAAUCCAARAUAUUGUUGCUCGGUGGCCUGGGUCAUCACACGAUUCCACUAUUUUUAACAAUUCAGUAAUACGAGGAAAGUUUGAAAGGGGUGAAAUGCAGAAUUGUGUAUUGGUAGCUGAUAGUGGUUAUGCUCAGCGUGAUUUUGUUAUGACCUUAGUUGGAAACCCUGGCACACUAAUAAAUCCUAUAUCUGGUAUAACUGCAGAAGCUGUUGAUAAAUAUAAUGAAUCUUUAAUCCGUACGAGAAAUACUGUGGAAAGAAGCUAUGGCGUUUGGAAACGUCGUUUUCCAAUAUUAGCUACGGCAUCAGUUUUUAAGCAUUCCAAUACAGAUUUGUAUUUUUUCACUAAACUUAUUAAUAAUUCUUCUUCUGAAGCCGUAAAAUUAGUAGUACGCUUCUUGGUAGCUUCCAUAGUAAUAUAA